GCGCCUAAACGUCAUCACCCCGCGCAUGCGCACUCGGUUUGUUGUCCUGUUCUCCUCGCUAGGCCCGAAGCCUCGGACUAAAUUAGAAACGGGAGCCGCCGUAUGCUGCGCCGCGAUGGAGGCCAUGGAAACGGACAUCGACUCUGAGCUGAUGCAGAAAUUUAGCUGCAUGGGGACGACCGAUAAAGACAUCCUGAUAACCGAGUUCCAGAGACUGCUCGGGUUCCAGCUCAAUCCCGCUGGAUGUGCUUUUUUCCUGGACAUGACUAACUGGAACCUACAGGCGGCGAUCGGAGCGUAUUAUGACUUCGAGAGCCCCAGCGGCUCGGCUCCGUCCAUGUCGUUCGUGAAAGACGUGACUAUCGGAGAAGGAGAGUCGAUUCCACCAGAUACUCCUUUUAUUAAGACGUGGAGGAUACAGAACACGGGUUCAGAGGCAUGGCCUCCAGGUGUGUGUCUGAGGUACACUGGUGGAGAUCAGUUUGGUCACGUGAACUUCGUGAUGGUCCGCUCUCUGGGUCCUCAGGAGAUUCACGAUGUGAGUGUACAGAUGCGCAGUCCUUGUGCUCCCGGCAUGUACCAGGGCCAGUGGAGGAUGUGCACCGCUCCCGGACUGUUCUACGGAGAUGUGAUCUGGGUGAUCCUGAGCGUGGAGGUCGGAGGUCUCCUGGGCGUCACCCAGCAGCUGUCCUCCUUCCAAGCCGAGUUUAACACACAGCCUCACCGCAGCGUGCACGACGACUACAACCCCUUCGCCUCACCCCACAACGCCACGCAGGGCGACUGCAGCCUUACAGACUCGACGCCAACGCAACACACCGCUCUGUCGAACAGCUCCGUAACCACAGCAACAAACAACCUGCAAAACACCAUACCAGCCACGUACGAUCAGCCGUACGGACCUCACCCGUUUGGACAGUCGUAAAAUAAAAACAAACGCUAUAUUUAUUCAUAAGGAAUGUAAACGUGGCCUUGACUUAUGUGGAUUAACCAGAGGGUGGGGCUAAAUACAGCAGACCCCGCCCCCUUCUGGAUAUCAUCAUGAUUGUAAUCAGGAGUGUAUGAAUGCUAAUUUAAGAAGAAUGCUUGCUGAAUAUUUUAAAGAAAGACAUUUUAUGGAUUCUUAUUAUUAAUGAUGGAUUUAGAAACGUGACGAUCGGAGACGCAGCGAAGGCUUGAGCGCGUGAUGGACCCGAGUGGCCAUCACGUAAACGUUUAAAGUGCACUGAAGAUCAUUUCAGCCAUACGUUACUGCAUAACUACAAAAGAUUUACUUUUUUGUGUGUAUAAAGAUGAGAGAAACGUGCCACUGAGGAACAAGCCAUGUGAUUUAAAUUAGUUCGUGACAUUUACAGAGGGAUAUUUUGAUUAAAAAACCCCCAGAAAAUCUGACGGCUCAAACAGAACUGCUCUAUUAUCCGUCUUCCAUCUUUUCUUCCUUUUCCACUUACAGCUUUGUUUUCUUUAAUUCUUGUUAAAUCGACUUGUUUUAUUUAUGAUCUGAUGUUUGCUGGACGCAUGUUGAAUCUUGUAAUGUAGUUGACUGUAUUACUGAAGCAGGAGACUUUCAGCUCACAGGAAAUAAAGAGUUUUAUUAGUUUAUGCGACACUGGGGUAAAGCAAGGCACUGCUACAGUAUAUAAAGCUUUUAAAAUAAAAAUGUUCAUCUAUAGAACCUUCAGUUCAGCGCAGUACUGUGUGAAAGUCAUGAGAAGAAAUUCUGUGCCAUUGAAAAGAGUUAAAUGAACUGUUUCUACAAAUACAAGUCGACCCUAAAUAUCAGUACAAAUCUCAUUUGAAUUCUGUUAUAGGUUUCCUAAUUAUGAAACCUAUAAUAAACCUAGUCAUAAAAAUAAAUCAGUGACACUUUGCCUUUAAAGCUGUAUCGGUUCUCUGGUGUUCUCCAUCGUACCGUUUUAUACCGAAAUCAGAUGUAUGCUCUUCUUGAGUCUUGAAGAAUGUUUCAUUCCCAAUUACUGAAUUUCUUUCACCACAAACAGACAUGUUUUCAGUGUAGUAUUUCAUUUGUGAAUUGUCUGGAACUCGGUUUCCAGAAUGUUCUGUUUUCUAUGCACACAGCAAUGCCGAAGACAUCAAACAAACAAACAAAAAACACAAUAAUUGAUAUAUU